AUGAAAGGUCUUCUCGCCCUAACAACGGCGUUAGGCGCUGCACAUGCUUCUAGUCUCGUUGAUAUUUGCACUGAUGCCUACAUCAAGGCCGCUUUGCCCGCCGAAGGCACCUUUCAAGGCAUAUCUAUGGUUUCCAGCUCAGUCUCGACGAAGCUACAUGCCAACGUGACCAUCAGCAGCACGAAUUUCUUCCCCGCUGCUACCAUCAGCUAUUGCGAUGUUACCUUCAACUACACCCACAUUGGCCGGAAUGAUCGAGUGGCUCUCACGUACUGGUUGCCCGCUCCGGCCGAUUUCCAGAAUCGAUUUCUCACCACCGGAGGCGAGGCCUACGAGAUCAACGAGGGCUCCGGCACCUCUGGCUCUUUACCUGGUGGUGUGAUGUACGGGGCAGUUUCCGGUCUCACCGACGGUGGCUUCAAUGGGCAAUCCUUUGACGAUGUCUUUCUUCUCGCUAAUGGCACUGUUGACUGGCAAAACACCUUUAUGUUCGGCUAUCAAGGGAUCCAUGAGAUGAUGGAAAUCGGCCGUGAACUUACCCGCAGUGUGUAUAACACUGGGCAAGACAAGCUCUAUACCUACUACCAAUCAUGCUCCGAGGGGGGCCGUGAGGGCUGGUCGCAGGCCCAGCGGUACGGCUUUGAUUACGACGGCAUUAUCGUCGGUGCGCCUGCCUUCCGUUUUGCCCACCAGCAGAUUAAUCACCUCGUGCCCAACGUGGUCACACAGACUAUGAACUACUAUCCGCCUCCUUGUGAGUUGGAGCUCAUCGUCAAUGCCACCAUCGCUGCCUGUGAUCCGCUGGAUGGGCGCGCGGAUGGGGUCAUUGCCCGCUCGGACCUGUGCAAGCUGCACUUCAAUCUCACCUCCCUGAUCGGUGCCCCAUACUACUGCGCGGCCAGCUCGGGCGGCAGCAGCCUGGGGCUCGGGUUUAGCAAGCGGCAGUCUAUGGGCGCGACCCCGGCACAAAAUGGCACCGUCACUGCAGAGGCGGUGGAAUUGGUUCAGACGCUGCUUGCCGGCCUGAAAGACAGCCAGGGCCGUCAGGCCUACUUGUACUUUCAACCCGGGGCGGACUUCGACGAUGUUGAAACCACCUACGACUCACAGACCGACUCUUGGGGCCUCAGCAUUGAUGGUAAUGGGGGCGAGUUUGUGGCCAGAUUUUUGAAUCUGCAGGACGUGAGCUCGCUGUCUUCUCUCGACAAUGUUACUUAUGACACCAUUCGCGACUGGAUGCAGAUGGGGUGGACCAUGUACGAAGAUACCCUGAUGACCCACAACCCCGAUCUCAGUGCCCUCCAGCAGGCUGGAGGCAAGAUCCUGCACUUUCACGGCGAACAGGACCCCAGUGUGCCCACCGCCUCCUCCGUUCACUACUACGAGGCGGUCCGCAAGAUCAUGUUCCCUAACGAGACUCUUGACACAAGUGCCGCUGCCCUGGGCGAGUUUUAUCGGCUGUAUCUUGUCCCCGGCAUGGCCCACUGCGGCACCAACAGUGAACAACCAAACGGGCCCUUCCCCCAAACGAACCUGGCUGUCAUGAUCGAUUGGGUAGAGAACGGUGUGGUCCCCGUGACGUUGAAUUCGACGGUUCUCCAGGGAGACAAUGAAGGUGAGCGCCAGCAAAUCUGUGCCUGGCCACUGCGCCCUCUCUGGUCCAACAACGGGACUAGUAUGAAUUGUGUGUUCGACCAGGCCUCGUACGACACUUGGAUCUACGACUUUGACGCCUACAAGCUUCCUCUAUACUAA